ACAGGUAGUCACAUGAUCACGUUGGGUGAAAACCAGGAAAUCAUGGGUGUUGUGUAGAGCAAGAAGAGGAACAGAUGCUUUAAUCCUCGUUUUCCAUCAUGUCUGUUCGCAAAAACAGUUCCUUUUUGCUUUUUUUAGUACUUAUUAGUUACGCUCUCGUUUCUGGCGAUGCUGUGAACGUUACUGCUUCGGAUUCAGCGGACACACUGACACAAAGCUCGUCUUUGAAUCCUGCUGCUGCUGCUGUUGUUUUGGUGAACUCGCCUGUGUUUAAGAAGCCCGACGUGGACUCUCCUUUCUCCCUGAAUCUGCUGUCCUCAUUCCCUGAAGAUGAGGAGAUCUCUGUAUACUGCAACGAUCUGCUGCACAUCUUCGGGCAGCGGUAUGUGUCCUAUGUGAACUGCUCCGUGAACUCAGCCCGGCCUGUUAAAGUCUGCCAGAACUGUUUCUCCAGCUAUGGCAGCCUCACGGAGAUCUACCUGAACAUCUCAUCAGACCAGAUGUCUCCUGGCAAUGCGAGCUGCAGGGAAAGCCUUCUGCGCAGUGAUCGGCUGAUGCUGGUUUAUUUGCUCUACAGCAACCUGAAAGACAUUUGGAGCAAAUCAGACUGUGCCAACUGUGUCACUAAAGGAUUCCAGAGCCUUACCAAUGACACAUUGUACUUCAUGGACUCCGUCAACCAAACUCUCACCUGCUUUGAGAAACAUAAAGAGGGGAACCAUACAGAGUUGUGCAAAAGCUGCAAGAGCACAUACAAAGGCCUGAAUGAGCUGUACAGCAGAAUGGAGACCAAUAAAACCAUGUGUAUUGACAUAGAGGAUGUGAUGAAUGUGACUCGCAAACUGUGGAGUAAGAGCUACAAUUGUUCCUUCCCCCGCGAAGAGACGGUGCCUGUCAUCGCCGUGUCCAGCUUCAUGCUCUUUCUGCCCAUCAUCUUCUACUUGAGCAGCUUCCUUCACUCGGAACAAAAGAAACGCAAGCUCAUACACCCCAAACGGGCGAGGUCCUACAACACUCUGAUGAACAUUCAGGACAAGCUGAGCUGAAGAGGAGACGGGUGAAUAAAAUGAAAGACAGCGCUUUGUUAUCAGAAGCAACGUCCUGGGAGAAGAUUUGACUACUUUCCAUCUUGAGACUGAGGUUUGAAUGUAGAGGACUUAACAACAGCAUUCCCCAUUUGUUUGUUUGUUUGUUUGUUUGUUUUCACAAGAGGCUGUGAUACCCAUCAGUAUUCAGAGAACUUCAAGGAACUGCACAAUUAAAGUGAAAGUAAAAAGCUUCGGUCACUUUGAACAUUUGCUUUUAUACCCUUAAAAUAGUCUUCUCAAAGUGAAGUAAAUGCAGAAUUGAAAUUGUGUACUUUUUAAAUGCAGGCACUGUGUUUAAAUCCAACUGUAUGAAUACCUUUAUGCACUCCUAAUUAGGUGGUUGUUAAUGUUGCUUCACAGAUCCUCUCCUUUCUCUCAAACAAUCUUCACGUUUUGAAGUACAUGCUGCAGCAUGAGACACACAGCUGUCACUAAAAAGAGUGAGCGGCUUGAAUGCAGUGUGUGUGUGUGUGUGUGUGUGUUUGCGUGUGUGUGUGUGUGUGUGUGUGUGUGUGUGUGCGUGUGCGCAAGUUAGCUAUCAGGAAUAUGUGCACUAUUUAAGGGUUGAGAAAUGGGUUUUCUGUCUCUAAUGUAUGUCCAGAAGUGAGCAGCAAAAAAGGAAGCACUUGAUGUCCAUUAGUGGUGACAUGUAUCUGCUGUAAGAAGAGGGGGUGCACAUCAGUGGGGUGGGAGUAAAUAAAGACCUAACACACAUAAUGUAAGAGCACUUCAGAGUACUACACUGUGAUGUUACCUGGUUUCCAGUCACUGUUUUUUUUUGGUUGCAUAAAGCUUUUAAUGUGCUUUGUUGUCGUUUCCCACUGAUGUUUAACUUAAUUUGUUAAGACUCAUUUAUGUCUCCAUUUAGGAGUUGAGUUGUAAAAAAUGCAUUUGCUGUGAAGUAAUGUAAACCUUAAUUCUUAAUGCAUAAGCCCAAAUAAAUACUUUCAUGUCAAAAACAA